CAUAAGACACGGGACAUAGCUCGCUCCCAUCCAUACACCCUGAACCUGUGGCACUCAGUGUAGCUCGCUCGCGAGCCAAGCAAGCGCCUCUCAAAUGCCGAGGCCGCGUCCUUCCGAGCCGUGGCCGCAGCACAUCACCCGACUUGCCAAGCGGCGGCGCACGCGUACACAGAUGGCCGCGAUCCCACCACGAACGUCGGUGCUGCUGCUGGCGCUGGCCGUCGCCGCUCUCAGCUGUCACGCCGUGGAGCCGCCGAAGCAAGAGCGGACGGCGCUGCAGUCCUUCCUCGCCGCCUUGCCGCACGAGCGCGAUCUGGGCUGGAACUCGCCGUCCGCGCCCUCGGCGUGCCUCUGGCCCGGCGUCACCUGCGACGCGAGCAACACCACGGUCGUCGCCGUUCGCCUCCCGGGUGUCGGCCUCGCCGGCGCCCUCCCCACCGGCAAGCUCGGAGAGCUCCGGGGCCUCCAUACGCUCUCCCUCCGCAACAACCGCCUCUUCGGCGUCAUCCCCGCGGACUUCUUCGCGCUGCCCCUGCUCCGCUCGCUCUACCUCCAGGGGAACCGCCUCUCCGGCUCCAUACCGCCCGAGGUCGCCGGGCUCGCGGCGCUCCGGCACCUCGCGCUCUACGACAACCACCUCACCGGUGAGAUACCGGCCGCGCUCGACAGCCUGAGGGAGCUGCGGUUGCUUAGGCUCGACGGCAACCGCCUCUCUGGCGGCCUCCAGAGCCUGAGCGGCCUCCGGCGGGUCAAGGUGUUUAAUGUCUCUGACAACCAGCUCGCCGGCGCUGUCCCGGAAUCCCUUGCGCGCUUCCCGCCAGAGUCAUUCGCCGGCAACCUUCGGCUCUGCGGCAAGCCCCUCGAUAGGCCAUGCCCGUCCCCCGGCGGCGGAGUCGUCCCACCGGUGCAAGAGAAGAAGAGGAAGCGGCUCUCCGGCACGGCGGUCGCGGCCAUCGCCGUGGGCGCCGCGGCUGGCGCGCUGCUCGCUCUCAUCCUGCUCCUGCUCUGCUUUGUUCGCCGCCGCCGGGACGACGCGGCAGCCAGCGGCGACGACAGGAACAAGGCGCCCACGCCGGCGACGCCGGUGAGAGGGCACACGCUGACGCCGUCGACGGUGUCAGGCGAGAUGACCGACCUGACGUCUUCAAAGGAGAUACCCUCGGCAGCGGGCGGCGGCGCGGCAGAGAUGAUGAGGAGCCGGCUGGUGUUCAUGGGCGGCGGCGGCUACAGCUUCGACCUGGAAGACCUGCUGCGGGCGUCGGCGGAGGUGCUGGGGAACGGCGUCGCGGGGCCGACGUACAGGGCGGCGCUGGAGGACGGGACGACGGUGGCUGUGAAGCGGCUGAAGAACGUGGCGGCGGAGCGGCGGGAGUUCGCGUCCGCCGUGGAGGCGGUGGGCCGGGUGCAGCACGGCAACCUGCUCCCCGUCCGCGGCUACUACUACUCCAGCGACGAGAAGCUCCUCGUCGCCGACUUCCUCCCCGACGGCAGCCUCUCCGCCGCGCUCCACGGUAGUGGCGGCUCCAGCCGGACACCGAUGGACUGGAACACGCGGAAGCGGGCCGCGCUGUCGGCAGCGCGCGGGGUGGCGCACCUGCACGCGGCACACGGCCUCACCCAUGGAAACUUGAAGUCGUCCAACCUGCUACUCCGGCACGGCGACCCUGAAGCCGCUGCGCUUUCCGACUACUCCCUCCAGCACCUCUUCUCCCCACCACCGUCGUCCGUGCAGGGCAGUGUCGGUGGGUACCGCGCGCCGGAGCUCGUGGAUGCGCGUCGGCCGACAUUCAAGUCCGACAUAUACUCGCUCGGAGUGGUCUUCCUUGAGAUCCUCACCGGCAGGUCCCCCACGACGGCGUCGACCGGUGUGGGUGAUAGUGGUGUGUCGUCGGACCUGCCGCGAUGGGUACAGUCGGUGGUAAGGGAGGAGUGGACGUCGGAGGUGUUCGACGCGGAGCUGGUGAGCCUGGAUGGGGGCAACGCCGAGGAGGAGAUGGUGGCGCUGCUGCAGGUGGCCAUGGCGUGUGCGGCCACGGCGCCGGACGCGCGGCCAGACGCCUCGGAGGUCGUGAGUAUGGUCGAGGAGAUCGGUAUCGGGCACGGGCGGGCCACGACAGAGGAUAGAGGGCAGGGUGCAUCCGAGGAGGAGGAGCAGUCAUGGGGCAUGCCGACGGGCACCAGCGCAACGUCGUGAUCCACCAACACAGACGAUGUGUUUGGACAUAUGCAAACACCAUGUGUAAAUGUGGAGGUUCUCGUGUGUACCUGAGCUCAACGAAAAAAUUGAGGGAACCACCUGAGCUCAAAUGUUAUUAACUUUUUUUGAUCAAAUCAGCUUUCUUCUAGAAGAACAGCACAUCAUUAUUUAA